AUGUCGAAAUUUCUGGAUAGAAUCAAGCAUGCCAUGGCCAACAGCAAGUCAAAGUCCAAGCGUUCUAGUCGCGGGACGGACUCGUGGGACUAUGGAGGUGAAUACGAUUCCAAUAAUCUCAGCUCAUCGAGUCAUGAGCAGUAUCGUACCAACGACUAUGGAACAAGAUUUGGGAGCUAUGGGGUCAAGCCGCGACCUGGCACCUAUGGCUCUGGUGACUAUGGCCCCAACUCCCGCUUAGGGAGCUACGGUACUAAUACCAGUACUGGCUCCUAUUACAAUGAAUAUGACCCCGUUAGAAACAGACGCGGAUAUGGCAUUGCAACCAAUGGUUAUGGCUACGGUUCUUCAUCAUCAGCUACUGGAGCAUACGGUGCCGAUACUGAUGUUUCGGCAAGGAACGGCUUUGGUGUUACUGAGAGAGGAUCGGGGUUUCAGAACGGAGGGACCUCCAGUUAUGGUUUGGAGGACAGGAUGGAAUCUGUACCUGCUUACGAUGAGCAACACCGUUGGCUGUGA